AUGGUGCACGAUAGCGCGCACCGCGGUUUAGAGGCCGUCAAAGUCUGGGAACUAGGUGUUUCAAAGGAGAAAGAUGGACUUAUGAUGGAUGCGAUAGUGUGCUACCGCAGAGCUCUAAAGAUGGACGAGGCUGUGGAGAAAAACUACCGGAAGAUUGUUAUGAAAGGUUUGACAAAGAAACAUAGUGAUAAUGUGUCAGAGUCGGACAAGGAUAGAAUUAUAGAUGGUAAACCGAGCGAUGAUACGGCGGGUGUGGAGGCCCAAGAUGAAACGGAAGCAUUGCAACUCCCGUGUUGGCUCCUGGAAACAUUACCGGAAGACGUCCUGCAACAUAUAGUUCACCACGUUAUUGCUAUGUCGGGCGAAUCGUGGGUCAAUUUGUCUCUUACCUGCAAAAAGUUUCAGCAGCUAUGCUUCGAAAAACCAGACCCAUACCGGGCUUUUGCGCAUCGCAUAUAUCCACUUCAACACUAUGACGAGGCCACUAUGACGCUCAACGGGUUGAAUAACUUGAUUGCCUUGGAACAGGCGCUCUGGGGCAGUGAUUACAAACGCAUGCUGGAAGAGCGAGCGUAUGUCAAAUUCCAAGGCUGCUACAUCAGCGUUGUCAACUACCUGCGCCAUGGAGCGAAUCUCGAAGGAUCCUCAUCUCUCGUCAGCCCAGUGCACAUGAUCACUUACUACCGGUACCUGCGCUUUUAUCCUGACGGCACUUGCCUGAGAUUAGUCACUACGGAUGAACCGUCUGUCGUUGUGCGACACUUCAGUCGUCACCGCCGUGUUAAAGACGCCGAAUUGUGCCAUUGGACAUGUUCCAUUGACGACGAUUUCUCGAUUUUGACCGUCAAGCGCCGCAACGAGAAAUACGAGUUCGUUGAAACGCUCCAAAUACACUCACAUGGGCGACGCAGAUACCACAGGCUGCAAUGGAUCAAGUCGGAGGCCUUUCAGGACACUGGCGAUCAAAUUCAGUUUUCGAUGCACGAGGAAAAGCCGUUUUCGUUCUCGCGGGUCAAUUCUUACGCGAACGACGUUCCGGAAGGCUCAAAAGAACGACAAUUCCAGCAACAAAGCACUACAGUGCACCAGCGUACUUUACCAUGA